UUCGGUGCGGUGCAUCAAUAUUUCCCCAAAUCAUCUCUCUCCGCAAUUUCGCACACAAGGACUUCGGUUUCGCUGGACUGAAACCCUCGGCCUCGAAUCAAUGGCGAGAACGAAGGCCUCAUCGGACGAUGUUCUAUCGAGCGGCUCCGAUUCGUCCGAGGAAGAGCCGAUCAAUGAUGAGAUCAACGACGAGGAGGAGGAGGACGAGGAGGAGCUCGAUGCCGUCGCUCGGACGGCAGACUCUACCGAUGAUGACGAAGGUGCCGACGCCGCUGAGGAGAAGUCGCCGUUGUCGGAACACGAGGCCGAGGAGGAUGAAGAGGACGACGACAACGAAGAGGAUGAGAAGGGGUUAUCUAAUGCUGAAAUUGGGAAGCGGGAAAAGGCCCGGCUACGAGAAAUGGAGAAGCUAAAGAAGGAAAAGAUUCAAAAAAUUCUGGAUGCACAAAAUGCUGCCAUUGAUGCUGACAUGGACAACAAGGGAAAGGGGCGCCUGAAGUAUCUCCUGCAACAGACAGAGAUAUUUGCUCAUUUUGCAAAGGGGGAUCAGUCUGCAUCCCUGAAGAAGUCAAAAGGAAGGGGACGGCAUGCAUCAAAGCUAACUGAAGAGGAAGAGGACGAGGAAUACCUUAAAGAGGAAGAAGAUGGUUUAUCUGGGGCAGGAAAUACACGGCUGGUGGCUCAACCCUCUUGUAUUCAAGGAAAGAUGAGGGAUUAUCAACUUGCUGGAUUAAACUGGCUGAUACGACUUUAUGAGAAUGGUAUAAAUGGGAUCCUUGCAGAUGAAAUGGGACUUGGCAAAACAUUGCAAACAAUCUCCUUGUUGGGCUAUCUGCAUGAAUUCAGAGGAAUAACUGGUCCCCAUAUGGUGGUUUCUCCGAAGUCUACCCUAGGCAAUUGGAUGAAUGAAAUCAAACGCUUUUGCCCAGUUCUGCGUGCUGUAAAGUUUCUUGGAAAUCCUGAUGAAAGGAGGCAUAUAAAGGAAAAUUUACUGAUUGCUGGGAAGUUUGAUGUAUGUGUUACGAGUUUUGAAAUGGCUAUUAAAGAGAAAUCGGCCUUGCGCCAAUUUAGUUGGCGCUAUAUAAUCAUUGAUGAAGCUCAUCGAAUCAAGAAUGAGAAUUCACUUCUCUCAAAGACAAUGAGACUUUACAAGACUAAUUACCGCCUCCUUAUCACGGGUACUCCACUUCAGAACAAUCUUCAUGAACUCUGGUCUCUCCUGAAUUUUCUUCUGCCAGAGGUAUUCAGCUCAGCUGAAGUUUUUGAUGAAUGGUUUCAAAUAUCUGGUGAAAAUGACCAGCAGGAGGUUGUUCAACAACUUCAUAAGGUGCUUCGGCCGUUCCUUCUACGAAGGUUAAAAUCUGAUGUUGAGAAGGGCUUGCCACCCAAGAAGGAGACAAUACUCAAAGUUGGCAUGUCCCAAAUGCAGAAGCAGUACUAUAGGGCUUUAUUGCAGAAAGAUCUUGAGGUUGUAAAUGCUGGUGGUGAGCGCAAGCGUCUUUUAAACAUUGCGAUGCAACUACGAAAAUGUUGUAAUCACCCUUAUCUUUUCCAAGGUGCUGAACCUGGCCCUCCUUAUACUACAGGAGAACAUCUUAUUACAAAUGCUGGUAAAAUGGUUCUUUUGGAUAAGUUGCUCCCUAAACUUAAAGAACGUGAUUCAAGGGUCCUAAUUUUUUCACAGAUGACAAGGCUGCUGGACAUUCUGGAAGACUAUCUAAUGUUUCGUGGGUACCAGUACUGUCGAAUUGAUGGGAAUACUGGCGGAGAAGACCGUGAUGCAUCAAUCGAAGUGUUUAAUAAACCAGGAAGUGAGAAAUUUGUCUUCUUGCUAUCAACUAGAGCUGGAGGACUUGGCAUCAAUCUUGCUACUGCAGAUGUUGUCAUUCUUUACGACAGUGAUUGGAACCCACAAGUUGAUUUGCAAGCUCAGGAUCGUGCUCACAGGAUUGGGCAAAAAAAAGAAGUUCAAGUCUUCCGUUUUUGUACUGAGUAUACAAUUGAGGAAAAGGUGAUUGAGAGGGCUUAUAAAAAGCUUGCUCUUGAUGCUUUAGUGAUCCAGCAAGGGCGAUUAGCGGAGCAAAAGACUGUUAAUAAAGAUGAACUGCUGCAAAUGGUGAGAUUUGGUGCUGAGAUGGUUUUCAGUUCCAAGGAUAGCACAAUAACCGAUGAGGAUAUAGAUCGGAUUAUUGCUAAAGGAGAAGAGGCAACAGCAGAACUUGAUGCUAAAAUGAAGAAGUUUACAGAAGAUGCAAUCAAAUUCAAAAUGGAUGAUAAUGCCGAUCUGUAUGAUUUUGCUGAUGAAAAGGAUGAAAACAAAAUGGACUUAAAAAAAAUUGUCAGCGAGAACUGGAUUGAGCCGCCAAAAAGAGAGAGGAAGCGCAAUUACUCAGAAUCUGAAUACUUUAAGCAAACAAUGCGUCAAAGUGGUCCAGCAAGACCAAAAGAGCCUCGGAUCCCUCGCAUGCCGACGUUGCAUGAUUUUCAGUUUUUUAACACACAGAGGUUAAAUGAGCUAUAUGAAAAGGAAGUGCGCUAUCUAAUGCAAAUCCAUCAAAAGAAUCAAUUAAAGGACACGAUAGACAUGGAUGAACCAGAAGAGUUGGGAGACCCCUUGACUGCUGAAGAACAGGAAGAGAAAGAGCAUCUAUUAGAAGAGGGAUUCGCAACGUGGAGUAGAAGAGAUUUUAACACUUUCAUUAGGGCUUGUGAGAAGUAUGGCCGAAAUGAUAUAAAAAGUAUAGCUUCUGAAAUGGAAGGGAAAUCAGAGGAGGAAGUUGAGAGAUAUGCACAAGUUUUUAAAGAAAGAUACAAAGAACUCACUGACUACGAUAGGAUCAUAAAGAACAUUGAAAAAGGGGAGGCUAGAAUUUGUCGAAAGGAUGAUAUAAUGAAAGCAAUUGGGAAGAAGUUGGCACGGUACAAGAACCCAUGGCUUGAACUGAAGAUCCAGUAUGGUCAAAACAAGGGGAAACUGUACAAUGAAGAAUGUGAUCGUUUCAUGAUUUGCAUGGUGCACAAGCUUGGGUAUGGGAACUGGGAUGAGCUGAAGGCAGCAUUUCGUACGUCUCCUUUGUUCCGGUUUGAUUGGUUUGUGAAGUCCCGUACAGCUCAAGAACUUGCAAGGAGAUGUGACACCCUUAUUCGGUUGGUGGAGAGGGAAAACCAGGAAUUGGAUGAAAAGGAGAGACAGGCUCGAAUGGAGAAGAAACUUGCAAAGAGCAUGACGCCGUCUAAACGUGCCUUGGGAAGACAAGCAGCUGAAAGCCCACGUUCAACACAAAAGAAGCGGAAGCAAUUACUGAUGGAGGAUUACGUUGGCUCGGGGAGAAAGAGGAAAUAGUAUUUGAGGUAGAAAGCUAGCAUCCUUUCUUGCUGAAAACAAACCUUUGGUUUUUGUUUUGUGCCAGAGCUCCAUUAGAUAACUCACCUGGUUUUUUUUUUUUUUAAUUAUCAUAUUUAUCAUGGCUUUGCAGAAGCCUAUACCAUUGCUACAAAACAGAGAAAUACAUAAAAGAUUAUAGGGUAGCAUUGGAGGGUUGUAUAAAUGAGUAUAUGGAACGAUGAAGAAAUCAUUAUUCAUUUUUCUUAAAGAAUGGAUACUGCUACUUCUACAAAUGAAACAUCAAGCUGGCUGCUACAAUAUUAAUUUUGGUUUAUGCUGCUGUUUUUUUUAUUUUUUUGUGGGCUUCUGGCUUGUCUUGUGCCUAUUGAAAUCACCACUUGCUUCUUGGGUGUUUUCUUAUGCUUCUGAUGGAUGAUUUAUUUGUUUGACGGUGGGAUAACCUGGCCUAAUAUGUUUCUAUUGCUUUUGAAUACAAAGGCCCAGCAGAGUGUUGGAAGGUUUCAUUUCGAUUCGAUCGUCAUCUCUGUUUCUUCUAACCUCUGUAGUUUCCAUGCGUGUGACAGAAACAGCUGUAACGUAAGCAAUUUACGGUGUGGAAAAAAGUAGAACCGUAUGGCAAACACUUUUAAGGCGCCAAAUGAUGGCUUAUCCGUCUCUGGAAGAAAUCAUGUGCCAUUUAUGCCUAAAGGUGCAACAAUGAAAAGCCUCCGAGCUUCAGUUUCUUAUGCAGCUGCUUCAUCUUUCUUAUAAUAAUAGGUGUUGCGUUUCAGAGUUCUAAACCUAUCAAAAGCUUCCCAAUAGAACUGAAUCCAGUUAUACCUACAUGCAACGCAAAUAGAAGGGGGCUGGAGUGGAGAAACAGCGUUGUGAUUAGCCACUUUGUACAAGCCAAAACACAUGAAAGUGAGAAAUACAUACACAAAUGAAAUGAAAGCUGUUAAGUACAAAAGGCAUCAUCAUGUGGAAGAAUGAACAACCAAACCAAGCCAACUAAAUUUUUGCCCAGGUAGACAUAUAAUAUGUACGUAGGGGGAGCAUAAUGAAAACAAUCUUCCAAGCUUCUCUUCCGGUACCAAAUCUCUCUUAAAAGAAAGCCCUCAAUUACAUAAAAUAACAUGUUGCAAGCACCACGUUACCUACAUGAGAUUCCUUCAACUACCUCUCCCUUCUAACCAAAUAAGUGAAGCAUUCAUCUUCCCUCUUGAUAAGCUGCAGAACCAUUCAAACAUGUAUUGGAACAAUAAAGAAUGUCAGCUUUUCGUACUCUCUUCUUCUCUUGAUGAUGACAUAGAGAACCUUGAAACAUGUCUUCAGAAUGCCAAAACCACGUGUCUUGGGCUUCUGCAGAAAUUACUCAUUUGUACCAUCAAAGCUACCCACCGUGUUUGCCCUUUUCUUCUUCUCUCUCCAAUUCUCACCCCACACUUUCGCCUCUGCAACUGCCCGCUCUCUAUCUAGAUCUCUGUUCCUUGGAGUCUCUCUUGUUCUCCCUGCACCAACAGGGCUGUCACUCUGAGAGUCCUGGUGCCUUACUUCAUCAACAUCCCCUCUCCUCCCAGAACCACCACUUGUUUCAAUCCUACGUAAAUCUGGACCACCAUUCAAUUCUCUUUUUCUGUAAUCAGGAGAAUUCCAAUGGUUUGAAGGUGAUCCAUGGCGACCACCAUGUCGAGACUCAUCUGGACUGUCCAGCCCAUCCGCUGUGUUCCUUCUCUCAUCCCUGCUCCUAGGAGUUGAUGGACCACCUCUGCCAUUUUGAGUUGAUGGUGCAUUCGGAUCAUAAGUUUGAGAGGCUAAAUAGGUUAAUGCUGUAACAACAUCCCCUAUCAGAGGCCUUGUGGCUGCUUGUUCUUGCAAACACAUGGCUGCGACAGCCAGUGCUUGGUAAAGCCCUCGCAUUGGGUAAUGACCUUGUAAAAGAGGAUCAGCCAUUUUUGGAAACUUCCUGCGGUCCUUGAAAAGUGGUCUUGCCUACAAACCCAUGUACUACAAGAAUGAAAAAGCAGACACGGGAUGUGUGAUACAUAUAUACAUAUAUAUGCUUUUAUGUGGCAUGGCAUAACGACAUCAAUAGUCAUCUCAUGAUGCAUCAAUUUUUGCUACUUGUUUAAGAGAUCAACUAAGGUAGAAAGUGAGACAUUAGCAUGAAAAUAUAUAAAGAAUCACUUACCCAUGCAACGAGAUUAUGCUCUCCUGGACCUCGGGUGUUGUCAAUAGCCUUGCGUCCUGUAAUAAUUUCUAGAAACAGAACUCCAAAACUAUAGACAUCAGAUUUGAGUGUGAGUUGACCAGUCAUAGCAUAUUCAGGAGCACAGUAACCAUAGGUCCCCAUAACACGGGUGGAGACGUGUGUCUUAUCACCAACAGGACCUAGUUUUGCAAGACCAAAAUCAGAUAACUUAGGAUGAUAGCCCUUGUCAAGAAGGAUGUUGGAAGAUUUCAAGUCCCUGUAAAUGACAGGGGGGUUUGCCUUGUCAUGCAAAUAUUCCAGCCCUUUAGCUGCACCUGCUGCAAUCUUCAUUCUUGUAUUCCAGUCCAGAGGCUCUUUGCCCUGUGGAAGGUCUAUGAAGAGGUAUCAAAGUAAGGUAAUUUUACUGAAGGUGCAUUCAUCAGGAGAAAAAUUGAGAUACCUAAACAGAUAUUUUGGAGAUUAUGUCGUCAAAAGAAACUACAUUACUACUGCAUAACUUGUUCAUUAGAAGAUUCCCAUUAAGUUGAAGCUUGUCAGGAGAGAGGUAAAGUUCACUCAGAUUCAUUCCUCUUUUGGGAUAGCACCGGAGUGUGGCUAAGUGGUUGCAAAUAACAGGUGGAUUCUGUUAGUGAGGUGCCUACAAUUGGUUGUGGAAUCAGAGGUCAGAUAUUCAAAGUAUAUGGGGCAUGUUUCUCAUAUAUGAAUAGGCUGCAUGUUUGUCCCUUGCUGAACUUUCAAACUCCAGAGAUGUGGUUAAUCUAUAUAAGGAGCAUUAAGGGUGCCUUUCAAAAGAAGGAACUACUAGGAACACAAAUUGAGCUUGGAUGGAGAGUUUCUUUAACUAAGUUCAAGAGGAUUAAAUCAUGUUAUUCGAGGGGAAAGGCAAUGCUUGGUAGAGACCAACUUAGAAGUGUAUGUGGGAGGGGUACACAAGUCAUUCAAGAAAGAGGAACCGGUUAGGCACAAAACUUAGUCAACAAAGUGAAGGGUAUGUGAGUGAAUACUCGCAAGAUUACAAAGAGUAAUGGGCAUCCCAGUGCAGGAGCCUCUCUACUUUAUGAGAAUUGGUGGAAGGCCAUUUUUGUAUGCAGCCUUACUCGUGUUUUGCAAAGAGGCUAUUUUCACAACUUGAACCAGUGAACUUCCAGUUACCAAGAAUGUUGGAAGAAAUUAUCUCUAAUACUAAAGCCAAUAUCAGUCUGCAACUUAAUCUCAUAGCUGGUGAAGCUCUGUCCAAACGAGAAGCAAGCAAGCAACAUGAGAUUGUCAAGCCGUCAGGUACACUCAUGAGGUUGAUAUAAUGGAACCUAAUGGAGAAGUACGGGAUGUAGAUGACAUGGAGGUCAUUUAGCACAACCACAUGGCCAGUUAGACCCUUAAAACUAUAGUAAAUUACCAUGUACAUAAAUGAGAAGGAAUUUAUGUACAUCUUGCUUGAAUGAAAAUAAUAUGCUAGAAGUAACCUAAUUGUUGAAUGAA